UGUCACCGGAUUCUUUCCUGCUACUAGCUAGUUGACUGGCCGAAUGGGUUGCUCUCUCUAGCGGUAGUAUUCUGCUAAAACAGACAUGGAAUGUUGACGCUUGCUGCGUUUAAAACCAAAUCAAGUAAUUAAUCUAAGAAGACACGAGUUAAUAUUUGCGUCGAGAAGCCGAUAAAAUGAUUCAUACUAGAGAGAAAACACUGAGCGGGUUCGACUAUGCGUUUCAUGCUGCUGUUCAGUCGGCAGGGGAAGCUGCGUCUCCAGAAGUGGUACACGGCCACGGCCGAGAGGGACAAGAAGAAGAUGGUCAGGGAACUGAUGCAGGUGGUGCUGGCCCGCAAACCCAAGAUGAGCAGCUUCCUGGAGUGGAGGGACCUCAAGAUCGUCUACAAGAGGUAUGCCAGUCUGUAUUUCUGCUGUGCGGUGGAGGAGGAGGACAACGAGCUUAUUACUCUGGAGGUCAUCCACCGUUUCGUAGAGCUGCUGGAUAAGUACUUCGGCAGCGUUUGUGAGCUGGACAUCAUCUUUAACUUUGAGAAGGCCUACUUUAUACUGGAUGAGUUUCUGAUGGGGGGGGAGAUCCAGGACACGUCCAAGAAGAGUGUCCUCAAGGCCAUCGAACAGGCUGACCUUCUACAGGAGGAGGAUGACUCUCCCAGAAGUGUUCUAGAGGAGAUGGGUCUGGCAUAGUAACAGCAGGGUAUCUGAUCACAGCACAUUUUAUCAGGCUACAGACAAAGAGACUCUUUGGGUUCCAGGUGCAGGGGGGAUUGUGAUGUGGGUGUGUAUUGGGAGGGGGUAAAUGUUUGGAGGUAAGCUGUGGUGGUGGGGAGACUGUGUCUCAAGUGGCACUCUUACCUGCAUAGUACUCUAUGGCUCUGGCCAAAAUAAGUGCACUUUGUUAGGUAAAAUAGGGUGUCAGUUGAGAUUCACACCGUUGAAUUCAAAACAUUGCUGACGUUAAUUGUAUAUUAUGAUGAUGGUUUAGGGUUGCAAAACAAACUUUCCCAAAAUUCUGAAGUUUUCCAGAAAUCCUGGAUGGAGGAUUCUGUAUUUCCUGUUAAUUCCUGUCUGAUUCCUGGGAUUUUACAACAGAUUUGUGCAAAACCUGGGAAUUUUGGGAAAGUUACCGGAACAUUGCAACCGUAAUGAUCCAUGCCCUAUGUACAGUGCCUCUGUGAAAAUGAUACCACUUUUGACUGGAAGAUUUAGCUACUACUACUGUUAUGACCCAGACCUGGGUUCAUAUACCAUCUGAAAAUCGUUCAAGUACUUCCAGCGUUUGCUUUAGCCUGCCUGGAGACCAUUAUAUUGGUUCCAUUGUGCCAGGAAGCUCAAUCAAGCUUGGCUUUAAGUAUUUGAAAUAGUAUUUGAACCCAGGUCUGAUUUGACUUUUGACAUUUCCCUCAAGAGAGGCAGGUCAGAACACAUCUCAAGCCUUUUUAUAACUGGGGAUGAAGUUAAACAUCAAAACUUGGAUCAGAUUAGUGUUGCGUCCCCAAAUGGCAACCUAUUCCCUCAAAAGUAGGGCACUAUGUAGGGAAUAGGGUGCCAUUUGGGAUAUGCAUAGAUUUGCUUUUAAAUGAAUGGCUGUUUAAAAUGUUUUGUAAAUGGACCACACGUUAUGAGAUUAUUAAUAAUAAUAAUAUAAUACAUUUGCUGUUUUUAUUGUUUUUAAGGGAACACAUUGAUUCUCUGCGUUGGUGAGUUGUGUUGAACCCGUAGCAGGAUCUCGUCAGGGUACAAACAAAGAAGAAACAUUGACAUUCAUAUAAAGGGGAAGGGAAACAAACUGAACAAUGAUUCUUCCCAAAAUUCCAGUUCCAUCCAGAAUUCUAUUCCUGCGUUCCGGAACUGUUUCAGACUCUCUCUCUCUCUCUCUCUCUCUCUCUCUCUCUCUCUCUCUCUCUCUCUCUCUCUCUCGCUCUCUCGCUCUCUCGCUCUCUCGCUCUCUCGCUCUCUCGCUCUCUCGCUCUCUGGCUUUCCUGUAUCGAGCAAUUAACCUAUGGAGAAGUUUGAUGUGAUGUUUUUAGCCUGUGUGUGGAUGUGCUAACAUGAAUGUGUUUAUGUAGAAAGGGCUCAAUGUGAUGGUAUGCAACUGAGUUAAAAAUAACCCAGGGCAAAAAAUAGAGUUUCAGGUUGUUUUUCAGCUGCAAUGCAUACAAAAAAGGUAAACAAACUACUUUGCGACACGUGACUUUUUAGAGAAAAACCUAUUUACCAUUCCUAUAUACACACACACACACACACACAAACUAAAUGCAGUACUGUACCACAUGGCAGAUCACUUCUCCCCAAUUUACGCCUGUCGAAUACCUGCUUUCCAAAGAGUAAUCAUAUUUUUGUCUGCAACAAGAGGGAUGAAACCAAUAGGAAUAAACUGCAACUACAAGAGAGUUUGGCUUCAGAAAUGUGUGUUCUUAUGACCAGACUUUACCCCUUUGCUUUUAAAAAGGUACGUUCCAAUGUUCAUACCAGCAUACUACUUACUAGUGUGCAUUCCCAAUACAUUGCUUUACUCCAAGUAGUAUCAAUACGUAGGCUAUGUUCCAAUAUCCACACUGGCAUACCCCUUAGAAUUCAUGGCCAUUAUAUGACUUACCUUCCUACUUACCCAAUCCUCUCCGUGACUGGAGCAACACAAGGCUUCUACAAGAGAGCACCACUGCUUGCGGUCUGCAGCCUUCUUGGCGAGGGUUGAUCAGGUCAAGCCACACGCCAUCUUCUUUUCAGUCGUCCUUCUCCAUCUCAUCUGUCCAAUAUAUUGCUCAGUUCAAAGUGGUAUAGUGGUAUGAGCAAUGGGACAGAGCUUUCGAGUUCAUUCUUAGUUGUGCGCUCGUAUGGAUUAUUGGAACUGCACCGGGUAAGAAAUUGGAAGAUAUUUUGAAUAGCGUUAUAAGGUUUUUCAGGGACUCUGUGUGUAGGGUUGUAUUCAUUUGAGGUGGGAGGCAUGUGAUAAAUAACAACUGAACUACGCUCCAGUCAUGGAACCCUAUUCCCUUUCUAGUGCACUACCUUUGACCAGGAUGCUGGUUAAAAGUAGUGCACUAUAGAAGGAAAAGGGUGCCAUUUGGGACGCAGACAGGUUAUCAAAGGGAAUCAUGUGUGAAUGUAAUUUUAUAAUGACAAUAAAAUGCAAUUUUAAAAGUA